AUGUCGGCGGGCAGUCUUCGUGUAGCUACUUACAUGCAGGAGCAUCCCGACGACGCAGCGGAAAUACGGGAUGAGCUCAAGUUUUGGAACGAAGUCAUGGACCACCAAGUACCCAUGAUUAAGGAACGGGCCGAGGCAACGUUGCCGUUUCUAACGGCUCUCGAAUGGGGUCCUCUGUUUACCAACACGAGCCCCAUCAUGUUCUGUCCUCCGGGGCUUGAUCCCCUCGAUCACCCAAGCCAAACCCACCGGUUCACGAACCGGAAUAACGACGACAUGACGGCGCAUGCUGCCAUCCAGCCUAAAGCCCACCUGUUCCCAAUCCGUCACUGGCUGCCGUCACCCACCGAUACGGUUUGGACACCGCGGCCGAACAUGACAUCGCCGAAACCGUCGAAGACACCGACGGAUGUACACACGGACUACAGAAAACCGCUGUGUCCGCCCGCAGCGCACUUGACCGACUCACCGUACAACCGAUUCAUCGGCCUCAACACAACCGACAUGACGGCGUAUGCUGCCAUCCAGCCCAAACCCCACCUAUUCCCAAUCCGUCACUGGCUGCCGUCACGCAACGACAUGGCAUGGACACCCCGGCCGAAUAUGACAUCACCAAAACCGUUGCCGACACCGACGGAUGUGAAGACGAAAUACAGCAAACCGCUGUGA